UAACAUCACGGCUACAUCUCCUCAUUGGCUCGAGGUGUUUGUGUGUGAAACUGCUUCUUUUUUUUCAUUCUCCAGUUUCCAGUCGCAGUUUUCGCAGUUUGAUCAACCCACACGCCUCACGCGCUGCAGCCGAGCAGGACGACUUUUAUGUCGGUGAGUCACCUGGGUGGUGAGUCACCUUUAGCUGAAGUUUGUCACAUUCAGUCUUAAAUCUUGAGCUCCAAUUUGGUGAUUUAUUUGGCUCCUUCUCUUUGACCUGGACUAAAGCUUCUCGAAUACGACACUCGACGACGCAUCUGAGGAACUGAAGCGAGGAAACUCAAAGAAGCCAUCUGAGGCUCCGUGGCGGGAGCUGAACGGAGGUGAUUGGGUGCAGCAGCAGCGACGGGGAGGAGGUGCAACGUGAAGAGGACUUCAGAAAUGGAGGACGUAGGGUCACAGUAGCUGCCUCAUGUGGACCACACUCUGCGAGGAGACACGCCGAAACUUCCCCUCCAUCCUCCUCGUCUACAGAUGAAACAUGGCAGUCUCUGGUUCGUCUGGGUUCUGCCGGCCGCCAUCCUUGUCUCCGUGGUGCUGCUUACGCUGGUGUGUCUGCACUGCAGGAAUAAAGGGCCUCUAAUGUCCAUCAGGCAAGCAAAUGCUUCAGAGGAAUACAUACCAUCCACUGAAUUCAGAGUCAUCCAUCCCUCCCAGCAGAAUUCUGAUGUGAACCCCUUCCACCUUCCCUCCAACAUGCUGUCCCCUUUCUCCACCUUAUCGGACCCUGGAACACAGCGCAGACAGAGAUCCUGCACCCCAGCUGAUACUGAAAGUAAUCCAAGCUAUGAGAAUCCAAUUGACGGUCCGGACUACAUCAACACUGAGAGCGAUGCAGAAGACCCUGGAUACAUAAUCGUGUUGCCUGAAGGUGAUACCCCUGUGACCAAUCAGAGCCGAGCCUCCACACCUAGUUCAGAUGUUCUACAUGAUUAUGAAAAUGUCCCUACAAAGAAAGAGGACAGAGACUACCUGAACGUGGAGCCGCUGCACUAUCAGACACGAUCCACACCGGACCUGUCAGUUCAGAGUGACAGCACCACAGAUGGAGACGAUAACCACCAUGUCGAUAAAGAAAACGAAGACGAUGAAGAAACUGAUAGUGACGAUGAUGAAGGAAACUACGUGAAUGUGCAUGAAGUAACACUGACUGACUGAAUGCCUUUAGUGAGCGCCAUCUACACCUUUUUCCUCCUCCUUUAAGUCAUGAUGGAGUUUUGGCUGGAUUUAAAACUAACUAAAAAAACAAACUUUUCAGUUGUUAUUUUACAAUAAAAUACAUUUGGAUCUUUUCUAAUAUCAAAAUAAUGUAAUUAAAUGAGAAACUAACUUGAAUAUUGUUGAAUAUACUCAUACAUAUCCGGAGACAUUUUGGGGGGAUAUUCUGAAAUUAAAAUGUUACAUUUAAUGCAAAGAAAUCUAAUAGAAACUGACCAUGAAAAAUAACUUUUAUGGAAAACAGAAAGUCUUUAUUUCUUUCAGUUCCUGGAGGUUUCAGCUGAGGUUUUCCAGGUUCUUAAAGCAAGAUAUUGAUAAGCAUCAAGCCAGAAGUUUGGCCAGCAGCAGAAAACUGCAUCUGAACUGAAUAAGUAGAGUUCAAAAUGGCAUAAUAAAUUAAAAUACUUACUUAGUGAAAGCAGAUUUCCACUGUUGGACAUAGAGAUGUAUAUUGUUCACCCCUUGAUAACAACAAAACCAGACAAUUGAAGAAGUCACUUUGUGUGAUGAUGAUGGGAAUGUUCAUCCUUUUAUAAAUAUAACAAUCUAGGGCAGCAACUAAAAGUUUAGCAUGUUUUGCAACUGAUGAAAUGCUCUCGUCUCUGCUGAGGAAAGAAUGUACAAGGAUGGAUGAUCUAAAUAGUGAUGUAAAACAAAAGGAGUCCCUCAGGGUUCAAUACUCGGUCCACUUUUUUACAAUUAGUUUGAAUGAUAAUAUAUUUUCUUUCAUCUUUAUGCAGAUGACACACUUCUAUCCUUAUUUGUGCUCUAGAAAAUAUUCAACUUAUACUGCAAAUGAUAAUUAUUAUUUGGUUGGUACAUCAAUGAAUGGUUCACUCUUUAAAAAUGUCAGGGAGUAAUAAUGUUUUGUCAGUUCAGAAUUUUAGGAUAUUCAAUUUAAUAUGCUAUGAAGCAGAGGAAAUCAGCAUAUCCUUAUAUAUGAUUUUAAAAUGUUUUUAAAUCAAAUAAAAUGUAUACAUGUCAUAGCCUACAUAGAUGUUAUUAUGUUUAAGGUAUACAAGUUGAAAGUGUUAAUCAGGCUCUGAUAGAAACACUGUUAUUGGGUAUUUAAUUAUUUCACAAAUUUUGCUAUUACAAUUAAUUUCAUAAGAACCGUGAAUUGAGACAAAAAAUGUGUGUGUUUUUGAAAGUAUGUGUUUUGUCAUUUCCGCCCCAUGUGUAACAUUAUGAACGUUUUUUUAAUGCAUAUCUGAGCUUUACUUUGAUACUGACAAAUCCUGAGAAUGUCCUUAUUCACACAUUUUUUUAUGAUGUAUUUAUGUGUCUUUACCUGUCUCUGUCAUCCAUUUGUGUAAACUAGUUUUUUUUAUUCAAUUAAACCUUCAUCCGACCUUAAA